UAAAUUGCAAAUUCGUACGCACUUUGUUUCAAUGGUUAAUACUGAUAAGCCUGAUAAAUUGUCAUCAACAGGGCGGAUAAGAUUCAACGUGUUAAUAUAACAGACUUUAUCAAUUUAUCAAAAAUGUAAAUAACCCACCCACCCUUUAAGUACUCCGAGGAUUAAGCUGUGAGCUUCCAGUAAACAGUUAUAAACACAAAAAAACGUCAAACAUUUCAACCCACAAUCGACUGCAUCGAAAAAUGAAGAAGAAAAACUGUUGUACCUUUCGAUACAUUUUAAUUUGAUAUCAAAGCACUUUUCGAACCCUCAAGCCAUAUGGUUUGCGUCCUGCAUUUGGAUUUUUAUUUGAAUAAACGCUUUGACUCUGGUACACACUUUUUAACUGGGCAAGAUAAAUCUGUUUAAGUGCAUUGGUAUUAGCCACUGACUUCUGUAAAUAGCAAAGUUCCAGAUAACUGAGAAAACUUGUUCGUAGCUUUAAGGUAUUCAAUCCACGUAUUUAUCUAAUGUUCAAUAUUUAUAGAGCGUUCAAAUGACAAUAUAUUCUAAAUGCUCAUAUUGUGAAUGGAAAUGCUUAUUUGCUCUUAAAAUAGCAUGGACAUUUUGUGCAAUAACAUACUAUAAUGGACAAAGAACCUUAAAGAUAACGUACAGCAAGUUUUAAAAAUAUCACUACGAUUAUGGUUUGUUUAUUUUUUCUCUACUUCCAUCGUUUAUACGUAACUUGUACGUGACGUUUAAAGGUCUGUGAUUAUCGGUAAGUGGGUCGCAGAUGACUUUCGGUGACCGCUUCGAUAAAGUUCAUUUCGAACUGGAAUGUUUUAAAAUAAAUACGCUACCAAAUUCAUUCAUUUACUGUGGGGAACAUAGAAAAUGGAAUAUAAACUCUUUGUUUUGCAGCUUAUCAUAUUUAUGCAAAGUAAUGUUGAUGGGACAGCUAUUAGGAGUGACCAGUGCAAGCAAGUUGCGGCCAUUGACUGUGAAAAUAGUUACAAACCAGAAGGAAACGAAACCGUGUGUUGCUCAGAUUUAAAAGUAUACAACAAUUUAUGUUAUUUCGCGCAGCAGAAAUGCAAAGACCCGUCAUUGACAGUGUUAUACCCUGGUCACUGUGUCCAGUCGUCCCCAGCUCCUGGGUUAAACAAUACUAGUACCUCGGACAAUGCUUUUAACGAUACUAAAGACAUAGUAACGAAUGUUACACCUGACCCAAUCCUUGUGGCGUUCUGUGCAAAUAAGGAUGAAAUUGUAUGCCAUGAUGACCUUGACCCUGUGUGUGGUACGGACAACAAAUUUUACAGAAACGGUUGCGAGUUUGCUCUUGCACGUUGUGAUGAUAUGGCCCUUGGAACACAAAGUUUAGACGUAUGUAAAACUGCAAUACAUAGGAGAAUGCUUCAUUUCUCAAAGAGCAAGAGAUAAUGACGUCAUUGGUUGUUAUAGGGUGGGCUAUACGGAACAUUACAAUAGUCGAGAAACGGGGACACACACAAGGAAUACCAACCAAUGGGUUUUUAAAAUCCGUCCAUUAUUUAUUCAGCAUGUCGUUUUGUUUAUUCAGUGACAGGUGUAACAUCACGACAGUCGACCGCAUGAGAUUAUUUACAGUUUUGGACUCAUUCCUUUGCAAUUCUUGAGGUGUACUUUACCAGCUAAAUUUCCGAAUAAGUCUUCUCCUGCUUCCAUUAUUGGAACAGACAAUUAUCAAUAUUUGAGAUAUCAAGAUAAAGAUUUAUUAUAGAGUCUGGUCGGACCACAAGUCACCACAUAGAUAUGUGGGCUGGCCUAUCUCCUCUAAACAUUUGCAAAAGCUUAUCCAUUUUGGUAAGCAAGUUGAGGGCUAAAAUAAAAUAACAUUGUUUGUACUGGCUUUUUAUCGGUGUUUUUAACUAAGCAAAAGCAAUUCUGGAAACAUUUACUUCAUUUGUAGUUUAAACGUAUACAUAAAAAACAUUUUGUGCGAAUUAUUAAUGGGUGUUUUUUCGUAAAGUGGACAGGUCUUCAAUGGACACAUUUUGCA